UUCAGUACCAUAGACACGAAGGAGACAGAGAUUAGUGAGCGUCGCCAAAUAGCUGCCUCCAGCACGCACCCACCUGAUCCAGAGCCACUAAGCUCUGUUGGAGACCUUUCGCUCUUUUCCUUCACUUCGCAUAUCUCCAUCGUUAACAAAUCAUUUACUCUAGCGUGAAAACCGACGCCAUGGCGACUUCCACCGCCGGAUCAACCGCCGCCGACGCCCUCUCGAAACUAGACAUCAAUGAUUUGGCCUCCGCAGCUCCCAAUCUACACAAGAAUCUCUCCCUCUUCUCUCCUCACCAGGUGGAGCUGUCGAAGGUGUUGCUGGAGAUGAAUCAGAGCCAUUUGUUCGAGCAUUGGCCUGAGCCUGGGGUUGAGGAUGAUAGCAAGCGCGAGUUUUUUGAACAGGUUGAUCGACUCAAUUCAAGUUAUCCUGGUGGCCUUGCAUCAUACAUUAAAACUGCUAGGGAACUUUUGGCGGACUCUAAAGCUGGGAAGAAUCCAUACGACGGUUUUACUCCGUCCGUUCCAUCUGGCGAGAUCUUAACCUUCGGUGAUGAUAAUUUUAUCAAAUACGAAAAUGCUGGGGUUCGUGAGGCAAGGAAGGCUGCAUUUGUCCUUGUUGCUGGGGGGCUUGGAGAGCGUCUUGGCUAUAACGGCAUAAAGGUGGCGCUUCCAGUAGAGUCUACUACUGGAACAUGUUUCUUACAACACUACAUUGAAUCUAUUCUUGCCUUACAAGAGACGAGCUGUAGGCUAGCUCCAGGAGAAGGACCAACAGAGAUUCCUUUGGCGAUAAUGACAUCAGAUGACACUCAUUAUCAUACGGUACAGCUUUUGGAGUCAAAUGCUUAUUUUGGGAUGAAAGCUUCUCAGAUAAAAUUGCUAAAGCAGGAAAAAGUUGCUUGUUUAGAUGAUAAUGAUGCUAGGCUAGCAGUGGACCCAAAGAAUAAGUACAGAAUCCAGACAAAACCUCAUGGCCAUGGUGAUGUUCAUUCACUUCUUUAUUCGAGUGGUCUCCUUAAAGAAUGGUUGGCAGUUGGACGAAAGUGGGUUUUGUUUUUCCAAGAUACUAAUGGUCUUCUGUUCAAGGCAAUUCCGUCUGCAUUGGGUGUGAGUGUCAUCAAAGAGUAUCAUGUUAAUUCUCUUGCAGUUCCUAGGAAAGCUAAGGAAGCUAUUGGUGGGAUUACCAGGCUCACUCAUCAAGAUGGGAGGUCAAUGGUGAUCAAUGUGGAAUACAAUCAACUAGAUCCAUUGUUGAGGGCUACAGGGCAUCCAGAUGGUGAUGUUAACUGUGAAACAGGCUAUUCUCCUUACCCUGGAAACAUAAACCAGUUGAUUUUUGAAAUCGGCCCUUAUUUGGAGGAACUUUCAAAAACUGGAGGUGCCAUAAAGGAGUUUGUUAACCCCAAAUACAAAGAUUCUACCAAAACUGCCUUCAAAUCAUCUACUCGGCUUGAAUGUAUGAUGCAAGACUACCCAAAAACUCUGCCACCUUCUGCUAGAGUUGGAUUUACUGUGAUGGAUGCUUGGUUUGCUUAUGCACCUGUGAAAAACAAUCCUGAAGAUGCAGCUAAGGUACCUAAAGGUAAUCCAUAUCACAGUGCUACAUCAGGAGAAAUGGCCAUCUAUAGGGCAAACAGCCUUAUUUUGCGAAAGGCUGGUGUUAAGGUAGACGAUCCAGCUCAACAAGUGUUCAACGGUCAGCAAGUGGACGUUUGGCCUCGUAUUGUAUGGAAACCCUAUUGGGGUCUCACAUUUUCAGAUGUCAAAAGCAAAGUCACCGAAAAUUGCUCGAUCACAGGAAAAUCAACCCUUGCACUAAAGGGCCAAAGCAUCUACCUUGAAGACCUCGUGUUGGAUGGCGCUCUUAUCAUUGAUGCUGUAGAUGGUGCAGAGGUCAAAGUGGGUGGUUUCGUGCAAAAUGCCGGAUGGGUCAUUGAGAAUGUCGAUUAUAGAGAUAUCUCGGUGGCCGAAGAAGUUAGAAUCAGGGGUUUCAAAAUAAACAAACUCGAGCAGUUGGAAAAAUCGUACAACGAGCCCGGAAAAUACUCAUUGAAACUUUGAGAGUCGAUUAGAGAAAUCGAUGCCAUGUCUGCAAAUUUUCUUUUUCCACAGUAUUUUGUGAUUAUGAAAAAUAAAAUUCUGUUAAGGGGACUUGUGAGAUUUUAUCAUGAAAAAAUAACAACCAAAUUAACUAACUCCCAGCUCCAACUCCUACCUCCCUUGCAGCUGAUCUUCAUCUUUGCCAUUUUCAACCCUUAGCUUCAACAUGUUUCAAGGCAAAACAACAUAGAUUGCCUUUUCCUAGUAGCAACAUACAAACUAAACAUUGUUUUGAAUUAACUCAUCUGGAUAUUAUGGGGGCCUUGUAAGGAAGAUUCUCUAACCAAUACACUUUACUUUCUUACUUUGGUUGAUGAGUAUAGUAAGGGUACUUGGGCUUUUCUUUUAAAGGAUAAGAGAUAAACAGAUACAAUGCUGCAAUCUUUUGUUUCAAUGGUGG